AUGCAACUCAACGCCGCUGGUUUGUCGUUAUUUCACAUUUGCUCGGAACGAAAUGCCCACGAUGCCCUGCAAGCCUUGUUGUCUUUUAUGAUUGACAACAAGGCAGCAGACGACAAGAAGAGUGACGUAGAGACUCUCGAGCAAGUCCUUGCAUUAAAAGACAAGAAUGGGGCCAAUACUAUCCAUGUGGCGGCAUUCUGUGGGAACAAGGAAACCGUGCAGCUAUGGAUUACUGUCAUUCAAAAAGCUUGUGCUACUAACGACAACAAAACCAACGCCGUGGACCUGUUGGACAAGAUGGAUGGACAGGCACGAACGCCGUAUUGGUUGGCCAUGGUGCAAGGCAAGGAUGCUGUCGGGGCACUUUUGGCGGAUGCGGGUGUUGAUACGGAGCAUCCCAAUAUGGUCAAAGAAAUCAAGGAAGCUCAAGAACAGCGACAGGCACGGCAGCAACAACGACUCAACCCGUGA